AUGACCAGUCCGAAUGGCAUGACUUGGACGAGUUGUACCAGUCCGGUCGCUAGCUUUUGGAAGAGUGUCACCUACAGUGAUGAACUGUUUGUGGCUGUGGCCCAGGAUGCCGUGGGAGAAACGGAUUGUGUCAUGACCAGUGCCAACGGCAAGAACUGGAAAAGUGGUACUGCUGCGGCAAAUUAUGCGUGGGUGAGCGUCACGUACGGGAAUAACAUGUUUGUGGCAGUCUCUGAGACUGGAUAUGACCAGGUCAUGACCAGUCCCAAUGGUGAGAACUGGACAAGUCGUUCCGCUGCGGUUGCGAAGGAUUGGCGCAGCGUCACCUACAGCGACGGAAAGUUUGUUGCAGUAGCCGGUAGUGACGGCAACAACGACGUCAUGACGAGUACGGAUGGCGAAACCUUGAUGAUUGUCAGCAGUGGAGUAGAUGCUCUUUGGUAUAGUGUGACGUUUGGUGGCAGAACGUUUGUCGCCGUGGCGUUUGGUGGCAAUAGUCAAAUCAUGACUAGUUCGGACGGUGCGACCUGGACCGCGCAGGACUCUCCCGCAGAGAGCAAAUGGCAGAGCGUGACUUUUGGCGCGAAUAUGUCUGUGGCGGUGGCGAGCGAUGGAGAGGAUGGAGAGUUUGUCAUGAAUGGAUAG